AGUCGUUGCUUGAACUCGUCAGCCGCCUACCUUCUAUCCACCGGGGCCGCCGCGCGAACCCGUCACCACACAGCAGCCAUGGCCUCCUAGCCGCCGCCGCCGCCAUCCGCUCCCACCGCGAUAACCGCUCUCGGCGUCGACCUUCUCCGCGAGAUCUUCUUCCGCCUGCCCUCCCUACCGAGCCUCGUCCGUGCCGCCUUCGCCUGCCGGACCUUCCUCCGCGCCGUCCGCUCGUCCCCGGCCUUCCGCCGCAGCUUCCGCGCGCUCCACGCGCCGCCGCUCCUCGCGCUCUUCCUCGACCCCAACUACGAGGUGGUCCCGGCCUCCCCCUGCCCCUGGCGCCGCUCCGACCCGGACCUCGUCGCCGCCGAUUUCUUCAACACCCGGGUCCCGCGCCACGGCGACCCGCACGCCCCCGGUUGGGAGAUCAGUUCCCAAGUCUCCUAGCGGCGACGGCUACUUGUGUCUCGUCAGCUGGAGCGGCGCCGCCGAGCGGAGCCGGGCUGCCGCCUACAACCCGCUGACGCGGGCUCUGGAUCUCCACAUCUAUCGGCCCGGGUUAUGCUACAUCGACAUCGACCUUGAGUUCUACACUGUACCCUCCGCAUAUCGUCAGGGGCCGUCCCGUGUGGUGUGUAUCCGUCACCACCGCCGAUGGCGGGAGCGCGUCGCCGUCUUCUCAUCGGACACCAUGGAGUGGCGAAUUCUCCCAACUAGUACGCUGCUGGGGCUGCGUGAAUCUCUCUCGGCCGAGAUUGGCACGAUGAUGCAUGGGCUCAUCUGGUGGCAAAACUGGAUGUAUGACCAAAUUGUGGUGCUCGACACGUCCACUUUUCAGUUCUCUCUAAUCGAUGUGCCGAAGCAAUUGGAGACGGAGUGGGAUGAAUCAACGUAUAAGCUUGGAGAGACCAAGGAUGAGAAGCUGUGCAUCGUAGAUAUAAAGGACAACACACUUGUUUCUUGGUUCCUGGCAUCCGAUGAUGACAUUGCCUUCAGCAGGUGGAUGAUGUACAAGGAGUUCCCAUUGAACCCAAUUGUUAAGGAGUUCACCGGGUUCUUGAUGGAGGAAGAGGGUUGUAAUGCCAGGGUGGAGCUUGUGGAGGUCAUCGAUGGCUUUGUAUACCUGUCUAUUUUCUAUGUCAAGGACACACAGUCUCGUGAGUUGUACCUAUCAUUAUGCCUGGAAACAUCGGAAAUGAGCGAGCUCUUUCAUGAUGCAUAUCGUGAUAAUGUGGAGGUCCAUCCUUAUGUCAUGGCAUGGCCUCCCUCUUUGUUGCCAAGCAAGGAGGAUUCAGAAACUGAAGUUACUGGAGACAGGGUUGCAGAUGAUGGUCCCGUGGGCACAGAAGAAGCUUCCUCUAUCCUUGUCACUGCACUGCACUCACUCAGCCAAGCUCUGAUGGAUGGCAGUGACAGUAACAAAGAAUUACUGGUGGAGUUACAUGACUUCUUGCUUGACAGUACUAAUGAAACAGCGGUGGAGUUAGCUGCCUUUUUGCGUCCUACUGAGGAUGACAAGGACUCUCUUAUGAGCAAAAUCAUUACUUUGGAUGCACAAUUAAUGACCGCAAGAGACCGUAUCUUGAGGAUAAGUGUGUGACUCUGAGAUGGACACACCAAGUACAGAAAGAGAAACCUGAUGAUGAAUUGAUGAUAAGCUUACAGGGGGCAGAUGUCAAGAGCUUGCUGCCACUUCUUUGCCAGUUGAAGUAUUGUAAGUGAUCAUGUGUGUAUGUGUUUAAUCUGAUGAUACAAGCUUUUGUUGAAAUGCCUUGGUGCUUCAGUUUUUUGGAUGAUGUGAAGAGAGUGUAUGUGUGUGUAUUGUAUACUAGUUUCAUAUACUAGGUUUGAUGAUGUUUGCAACCACUCUCCAUCAAUAUGACUAGUUUCUCGUA